AUGAGCAGAAAAGAAGCAUUACAACAAUUUAUCCAUCAAAUUCAUGGAAGGCCGGUCGUUGUUAAAUUAAACAGCGGAGUAGAUUACAGAGGAGUAUUGGCUUGUCUUGACGGAUACAUGAAUAUUGCUCUCGAACAAACUGAAGAGUACGUUAAUGGACAAUUGAAAGAUAAAUAUGGAGAUGCAUUCAUCAGAGGAAAUAAUGUUCUUUAUAUCAGCACACAAAGACGUCGAACCUAA